AUGAUCCUGUUGUGCGUUACAUUGCUUCUCCUUCAUCAAGGAUAUACGCUGAUACCAGUGAUCACUGUUCAACUUGGUGAACCUGUGACCUUUACAUGUGUUUUGCCUGAUGAAGAUUAUGGCAUUAAAGAAAUCUACUGGUACAAGCAGAAUGUCGGAGAUACUCUGAAAUUAAUUGUGAAACUGUUGAAAAACGUAAAACCUAAAUAUGCACCAGGGUUUGUUGCCUCUAGAUUAGAGUUAAAUAAUUAUAAGAAUAUUAGCAAUCUCACUAUUUUAAGGACGAUUCAAGAAGACGAGGGAAUGUAUCACUGUGCAGUCACGGAUUGGUUGCAGAAUACUUGGAGUGGGACCUAUUUGUCAUUAAAAGGAAACACUGAAAGAACAUCAAACUAUACUGUUGUUCAGUGGCCGACAGUAUCUGAUCCAGUCCAUUCAGGAGACUCUGUGACUUUGCAGUGUUCAGUCCUCUCUGACUCUGAGAACAAGACGUGUCCUGGAGGACACAGUGUUUACUGGUUCAGAGCCAGAUCAGAUGGAUCUCAUCCAGACCUCAUCUACACUGAUGGAAAUAGACCUGAUGAAUGUGACAAGAGACCUGACAGUUUAAAGACCUGUGUUCAUCGCUUCUCUAAAAACGUCAGCCCCUCUGACGCUGGGACUUAUCACUGUGCUGUGGCCACAUGUGGAGAGAUAUUAUUUGGAAAUGGAACUAAAUUGCAAAUCGAGCAAACAACAAGUUAUGAAUUUACUGGACUGGUGAUAGCAAUAGUCUGCUUGGCCAUUUCUUUGAUAGGAAAUAUUGUUUUCAUCUGUUACCGAACUCCAAGAGCAGUGUGUGCACAGUUUAAAGGAAUAGAAAGCGCCUCUUCACAAGCAAGAAAUGACAACUUGAGACAACCAGUACAUGAGAUUACUGAAGGUGGAGAUGAUCUGAACUAUGCUGGGUUGCAUUUCUCUAAAACAAAAGCUACAAGAGGUUGGAAGAAAAAAGAGUUGACUGAUGAAAGUGUUUACGCUCAAGUUAAAUGCUGACAACUUGAGGUUUGGUUAACAGGACUGACCUUUGACAGUCUAUGUAAAUAAAUGUAUUGGAUUUCCUUCUA